AACAUUUGCAUCAGAUGAAUAUUUUAUCAAGCAUCAGGUUUAUAAACCACUAGUUUCUGUAAGAAAGAAUCACAUCUCCAGAUUGGCAACAUUUAGCUGCAGCUGAAUUUAACAAUGUGGUUUUCCAACUUUUUGCUGAGCAACGAGGGAGUUUUACUCUCUGUGUUUUUGUUCCUUCUGAUCAUGUACCACCUCAGAAACAAGAAUCCAAGAAAUUUUCCACCGGGACCAUUCGCUUUACCUUUUAUUGGGAAUUUCCAGAUUGUGGGAAAGAAACACCCACAUAUUUAUUUCAGCAAGCUGGCUGAAAUCUACGGGAAUGUGUUCAGUUUCUGCUUCGGCAGGGAUAAAAUGGUAAUCGUCUCUGGAUACAAGAUGGUAAAAGAGGCUCUGGUAACACAAGCUGACAACUUUGUGGAUCGACCGUACAGCCCCAUGGGCGACAGGUUUUAUUCGGCUAACUCAGAUGGUCUGUUCAUGAGCAACGGUGGAAAAUGGAAGGCACAGAGACGCUUUGCUUUGUCUACAUUACGAGACUUCGGCCUGGGGAAGAACCGCAUGGAGCAGUGUAUCUGUGAGGAGAUCCGAUACCUCCAGGAGGAGAUAGAGCAGGAGAAAGGAAAACUUUUUACGCCAGCAGGCCUCUUCAACAAUGCUGUGUCUAAUAUAGCGUGCCAGCUGGUGAUGGGGAAAAGAUUUGACUACAGUGACCACAACUUCCAGCUCAUGCUGAAGAAUCUGUCUGAGAUCCUUCACCUGGAGGGCUCCAUAUGGGCUCAGCUCUAUGAAUCAUUCCCCGGAGUGAUGAAGCGUUUGCCAGGUCCUCAUAACAAAAUCUUCAGGGAUUUUAACAAAGUCAAAGAGUUCAUCGCUCAGGAGGUGAAAAGCCACAAGAAGGACCUGGAUCACAACAAUCCCCGAGACUACAUCGACACUUUCCUCAUCAAAAUGGAGAAUCUCAAAGAAUCUGACCUGGGCUUCACUGAGACCAACCUGGUUUUGUGCUCUGCUGAUCUUUUCCUGGCUGGAACAGAAACAACAGCCACCACUUUGCUGUGGGCUCUGGUUUUCCUGAUCAGACAUCCUGAUAUCCAGGAGAAAGUCCAGGCAGAGAUAGACAACGUGAUUGGACAAACCCGCCAGCCUUCCAUGGCUGACAGACCAAAUCUGCCCUACACUGAUGCCGUCAUCCACGAGAUUCAGAGGAUGGGAAAUAUUGUUCCUCUCAAUGCACUCAGAAUUGCUGCCAAAGAUACAACCCUGGAUGGUUACCACAUACCCAAGGGUACCAGUGUGUUGCCUGUACUCACCUCUGUGCUGUUUGACAAGACUGAAUGGGAGACUCCAGACACCUUCAACCCAGGACACUUCCUGGAUGCUGAUGGGAAGUUUGUGAAGAGAGAAGCAUUCCUACCUUUCUCUGCAGGGAAGCGUGUGUGUCUUGGUGAAAGCCUCGCCAAGAUGGAGCUGUUCCUGUUUUUUGUCGGCCUGCUGCAGAAGUUCACAUUCUCUGUUCCUGAUGGAGUGGAGCUGAGUACAGAGGGUGUUUACGGAGCUACACGUGUGCCUGAACCCUUCAAGAUUCACGCCAAGACUCGCUGAAUUACAUUUGCUCAUUUUCCAUAAGGCCAGUGUGUAAUAGAUGAGACUAAGUGAGAUUAUUUUCAUUAAGGCUGGAUUUUGGGGGAUUUUGGGGGAAUAAUAUUGAUAUUAUUUUUCAGUAUCAGUGUUCAUCUGCAGUGUAAUUACUGCAGAUGAACUGACCUGUUCAUUUUUCACCUUUAUUUUUGAUUAUUAAUGUCAUCAAUCAAAAACUAUUUAGAGGUUCUAUACAAAAUGUAUUUCAUGAAAAAAGAAAGUUUGAAUUAUUUUGUUUGUGUUGGUAAUGUUUUGUGUAUGAACGUUUGUGGUAAUAAAAUAUUCACAAAAAAUAA